AUGUCUGCUGCUCUCGCUCCGUUCACUCGUUUCCCUAUUGAGGCUCCAAUUGAAGCUGGCGACCGCAUGGACGAGCAAGUGAUGAGUGAGUUUCCAGCCUCUGAAGUGAUACGCUGUGCCGUCUUCGAAAACGGCGGCGUGGAAGAGAGCGUGGGAGGACAAGCGUGGGGUGACAAGACCUCCGCAACAUCCAAAUGUCUUAAACCCUGGGAAGGAUUGGAGCGUGACCAUGGAACUUUGACGAUAUUUCCAACAUUGGCAUAUCGUUCAAUGUUGGAACGGGCAUGGUAUUGUUGGACAGUCCGUCCUCUCCGACAGCAAACGCCCUGUCGAUCGCUUCUCCAAGUUGGAGAAAUCCCACGCCGUACCAUUCAACGACAAAAGGAAUUGGAGAAGCUCAUUGCCGUAGGUAGCGGUUGCCGUCUUCCGUCUUCCGACGAGAUGCUUCGUCGUACUGCCAGCUGCCUUCUUCUUUCUGCUAUGUCGGUGAAGAUCACCUGGUCUCGAACGUCUGCGAGCCUGCGCGUGGACGCCGUGGACGGCAACGUAGGCUCGCCGCACGAGUGCACUGCACCAUGCCACCACUAUCACCACCACUUCUCCAGCUUUUGA